AUGGUCCGUCGCUUAAUAAAACUUUUACCAGACUCUAAAACAAUGGCCACGCUUGUAAAUUACACUUGUAAACGUUUUACUGAAUUGACCCCUAAUCUUAACAACGUACAUCAUUUUUUAGAUAGGUGCUAUAAAGGCAGGUACAUAUCGAGGAAAUUGAAUAUAAGGGAGCUGUUUGAAAGAUCAGAUUGCCCUAUUUUUAGAAAGGCAUUGAGAACAAAUUCGCCCCUUGUGAAGGUUUUACCAGAAAGGAAUUUCACCAAUUACACCGCGCUAAGAAAACCAUACUUUCAUCAUCCCGCUAUACUGGCAACAGAGCGCGUCAAAUCGUCCUAUGUGAAUAGACUUAUCUUUAGCUACGAUAUUAAUUCCUUCAUGUUAAUAGUUGAGUAA